AUGGAAUCUCUUCAAACAUUAAUUCUUUCGGGCUGCUCAAAUCUUCUAAGGUUUCCAGAGAUUGAUGGGAAAAUGGAAUGUUUAAAAACUCUUGAUCUUUCCGGUUGUUAUAAAGUUGGAAAUUUGCCAGGGAAUUUGCAGCAAUCAGAAUUUUUGGAGGUGCUUCACUUAAGGGAAACAGCAAUAACAGAACCACCAAUCUUCAUCUUCCGGUUUAAACAUCUUAAGGUUUUGUCACUCAGUGGAUGCAAGGGACGAUCAUUUAAGUUGCGACCAAAUCUGCCUCCUCUCUUUGAAGUGUUCCAAAGAGGGAGGACAAAUUCUAUUCCUCUGAUGGGAUAUCCUAGUGGAAUUUCUUGUCUAUCCUCUUUGACAGCACUUGAUCUUAGUGGUAACAAUUUCGUCAGUAUACCCGCGUCUCUUACUCGACUUUCCAAGAAUCAUUUUCUUGGAUUGUCAAAUUGCAGCUUGUGCAAUCUUUCUGAAGGAGAUAUUCUUGGUCUAUCCUCUUUGAAAUCUCUUGAUCUUAGAGGUAACAAUUUCAUCAGCAUACCUGCAUCUCUGAUUCGGCUUUCCAGACUUUCUAAUAUUCGAUUGUCAAAUUGCAAGGAGCUUAAAUCGUUGCCUGAGCUUCUAACAAGUAUAAAUGCUGUGUGGAUUGAUGGUUGCAAGUCUUUGGAACUAGUUGCAUAUCCAUCAAAAGUAUGCAAAUCAAUUUCACGAGGUAAUGCAGUGUUUAGAGGUAUUCACUGUUACAGAUUGGCCGAGGAGAUCAAUGCAUUAUCAUUGCUGAAAAAACAUAUCAAGGUAUUUGCAAACGCAAGAAAAAUAUUUAGCGUUUUAUUCCUGGAAGUGAAAUCCCAGAAUGGUUCAGCCAUCAGAGUUGAGUCCUCAAUCAAAUGGUUCAGCCAUCAGAGAGUUGAGUCCUCAAUCAGGAUACCACUGCCUUUCAAUAUUCGGAAUGAUAGUCAAUGGAUGGGAGUUGCUUUCUGCUGUAUUUUUACCAAUGAUGAUGCUUCCAGGGAUGAGGGCCUUCUAUGUAGAGCUGCUCCAUCAUAAAUUCUGGAAAGGUUGGUUGUGAUGGAUCUGUUUUUCAGGGUAGAAAUACUCAAGACUUCGAUUGGAGUGGUUCGAUUAUAGGUAAACAAUAUAACCAACCCAUAAAGAAGGACCACCUUUUUCUUCGUUACUAGUCGCCUGACAAAUUUUAUCCAGUUUCCUCGGAGUACAACUGUGUGAAAGUGAAACUGAGAAUUUUCACCAUCAGAUUGCUCAAAUCAGACUGUGAUGAACUUGAAUUGUCUAUCAAACCCGGUAGUAGUGACAACUGUGUUAAGGUGAAGAAAUGUGGUUCGAAUAGUGUACGAAAAAGAUUUAGAAGAUGCCAACUUGUGAAAGAGCAGUGUAGCAGUCAAAGUUCUGUAGAAAUUGAAGAUAUCGAUAAAGACCUCGCUGCCGAUGAUCAAUAGCUUGUCAAACCAAGACUUAUGUCCAUGAAGAGACAUCAAGAGAUGGCAUUAAAUAACAGGUA